GUUCGUUCUGUAGUUGUGUCACUGUCAUUUCUUCUUCAGGGCUUUUCUUAAACCCUAGAGUCUUCUACUUGCACUGUCGAUGGAGUUUUGGGGUGUUGAAGUCAAGCCUGGUCAGGCACUCGUUGUGAAGCCUGGAAUUCAGCAGUACCUGCAUCUAUCACAGGCGACUCUAGGUGAAAUAAAGAAGGACAAAGCAAAUGAAAACGUGACUAUCUUCUUGAAGAUUGGUGGCCAAAAGCUUGUUCUUGGCAUUCUCUCCGCAGAGAAGUUUCCUCAGCUAUCAUUUGAUCUUGUGUUUGAGAAGGAAUUUGAGCUCUCCCAUAAUGGGAAGGGUGGAAGUGUUUACUGUGCUGGAUACCAGGCUUAUGCCGAGGAUCAAGAUCCUGGCGAUUAUUUUGAUUCUGAUUCUGGCUCGGAGGAUGAAGAACUUGAAUUGCCCCUUGCUCAAAACGGGAAAGCUACCCAGAAGGAGAAGGCUAUUGCCGAUAAAAGUAAUGCUGCAAAGGCUCUGUCUUUAAAGAAGUCAGAUGCAAAGCCUUCGAAACCAAGCAAGGAUGAAGAUGACUCUGAGGAUGACGAUGACUCUGACGAAGAUGAAGAUUUUGAUGAUGAAUCGGAUGAGGAAAUGCUCAAUGCUGACAGUAGCGAAUCUGAUGAUGAAGAUGAUGACACUGAAAGUGAUGAGGAGACACCGAAGAAGGUUGAAGCAACCAAGAAGAGGCCAAAUGAGUCUGCCUCCAAGACGACUCCCCUCCCUGCUAAGAAAGCAAAGUUAGCUUCGCCUGUAAAGACUGAUUCAAAGAAGGGGGGCCAUACUGCCACUCCCCACCCAACCAAGAAGAACGCUAAAACUCCUGCCAAAUCAGAGACCCCAAAAUCUGGUGGGCAGUUCUCUUGCAAAUCCUGCGACAGGUCAUUUGGUUCUGAUGGUGCGCUUCAGUCGCACAGUAAGGCUAAGCACGGGGGUAAGUAAAGGGAACACUGCCAUAUUUUUUUUCUGCAGCUUCUUCAGUACGUUGCUUUCUAAAUAGAUUAGAGUCUCGGCUUAAAUUUUGUGGUGGGUUGGGAUUAUAGGACGAGAAAUGAAUGUGUUGAGUUUGAGGAAGAUGAAUUCAGUUUGAUAAAUGUAUGUUUUCUUGUUUUCUUGUUGUACUUAUUAUCAUUAUUAUUCCGAAGAAUCCUCUUUUUUAUUUU